UUGCAGGUGACGUGUGCAGCUGAGUUCUAAAGUUAUAAUUUCUAAGUUCUAUUUCUAAGUUGUUUUCCCUCCAGAACUUCCGUAACUUGCCGGUAUUGAGCUUAGAGGAGAUUACACAUUGAUAUGGGUGAGGUUCAGGUGCCACCAGCAUUAUUGGAUGCUGUUGACAGUCUGAAAGAAGCUGUCAAGGCAGGGCGAACUGAUAUCUUCAGGAAGUUGCUAGAUGCUUGUGAAACCUGUUAUGGUGGAGGUGAAGACGAACGAAAGCAGUUGAUAAAUUCCCUUGCAACAGAAGAUGGAACGUUUUUGCACAUGGCUACAAAGCUUGGCCGCGGGGAUAUCGUGAGAGCAUUGUUGGCUGCAGGGGCUGAUCCAGGAAUUCAAGAUAAUGAUGGAAACACCCCUCUACAGCUAGCCCCUACCCCUCCCAUCAUCGCCAUCUUCACAGAAGAGCUACUACGAGCAACGGCCCAGUCAGAUGUAGGCCGCGUGUGUCAGCUGGUUGCAGCGGGCCUUAGCAUCAACUCCCAUGAUAAUCCACUAAGCCGCAACACUCCCCUACACUGGGCUGCCUCCUUUGCUGACAUCGACACACUUACCUGCCUUUUAGCCCGCGGAGCAGAUGUCAAUGCCGCCAACAGCGAUGGUGCCACCCCCCUUCAUGAUGCUGUUGCCCGAGGAAAUGAGGAGAUUGUGAGAAUCCUUCUUGACAAUGAUGCCAAUCCCCAUAUUCAGUGUUACAAAGGGCGCCAUAAAGGGAAAACACCUUUUGAGAUGGCAUCAAGAAAGAUUCAGCUCCAGGAACUUAUGCAACAACAUGCUGCAGCUAUUGAGAGUAAACCAGCACACAGUACGGCAACGACAAAUGGCAGCGUUUCACCCUUAAUAGCCCGUCGUUCAUUAGGAGAUCGGGAUCUCAUUUCGUCCCGAGGAGCAAAUGGUUCCAUGGAAUCGUUAGUGAGCAUGGGUGCUGACAGCGUAAUGACAGGGGUUGAUGCUGUCAAUGGAGGGGAUACAACGCAAAGAAAAACCUCAGUGGGAACUCCACAACCUCGCUCUCCUUUGCAAUCCACAUCGUCCUUGGAACUCAGUCCUCGCAUGGAACAGGUUUGUGAGCGCCUGGCAUCCACACAAAUCACAGCGCCUCCACGGCCUUUGGUUACCCAUAAUUCCCUUCAUUUACUGUGGCCCCAACCUCGUCGGAUCACUGAGCUUACUGGCCCCAGUUGGUCGCCACCAACACAUGCCACUUUAGCUGUGUUAUCUGGAGCAGUACCUGUGCAUAGAAUUGUAGAUGUUUGGGAUAUACAUAAGUGCUGGCUGGAAGAAGUGGGUUGUCAUGUCAGCCUUGGAGCUGUCGUUGGUGCAAGAGACCCUCCAAGCUCACAUACAUUCACUUGUGUAGUCGAUGAUGCUCUCACAGCUCAUCCUCAUCAAUACACGCUCACCAUACUGGAUAAUAAAGUAAAGAUGGUUUGUGGAUCAGUAGAUAGCCUUCAUAAUGCCCUAGUAACCCUCGUUCAGUUGCUACGGGUGUGCCGACUAGGUGGAGAGGGCAGCGAGAAAGGGGUUGUUCCACCAUUAGUCAUUACCGACAGUCCCUCUCUGCCACACCGGGGUUUUAUGCUCGAUGUUGCACCUCAUGCAAGAGUUCCAACAUUAGAGCGGUUAUGCCAAAUAGUAGACUCUCUCCUUGCUAUUAAGAUGAAUCAGUUACACCUAUUAAUGCGUGUCUCACCAGUUGCCUGCAGUUUACCCUACUCCCCUAGUGAAGUUGUGUCACUAGAUCGGUACUGCAAGGAUCGGGGCAUUACUUUGGUACCAGCAUUUGACGUAGAGGGUUCAGUACCCACAGGACAACUUAGUGCCGUCACAGCUAUAGUUAGUGCAACACUCACUCACUUCCCUUCGGCUCGAUAUGUUCAUAUUGGCCCCAGAUUGACCUCGCUGCUAGCUGAUGCCAGUACAGCUGCCUCACCCGAGCCUGGUCUUUCCCUUAUUCGCAUGUCCCCCUGGACGCAGCUGGGUCUGGCUCCAUCAGCUGUGCUUUUAGUUUGUGCCAAUGUAUUCCACAAUAAGAGCCGGGAAUUAGCAUGCCUUCCGCCAACUACUAUUCUUGUAGAAUACGGCUUCCAGGCUGACUAUGAUUUCUCACGUGGAGUCCAGCUUGCACUAGAGAAUGGACGCCCGUUGGCUGUCUGCCCAGGUACAGCAGCGUGGAGCAGUUUAAGUGGGUGGCCAGAAGCUGGUGUGAGUAAUGUGUACAGUGGUGUGGUGAGUGGAGUCGACGGAGGAGCUGGAGGAGUGGUGGUUGCUCAUUGGUCGAGCAGCGCAGCCCUCACACCACUUGUCUUUGCCUGGCCGCCUAUAUUGGUUUCUGCUGGUUUGGCCUGGAACCAUAAUACACACUGGGAUUAUGUGCACUCAUCAGUGGGAGCCUUAGUGGAUACACAUCUCGUUCGUGUACCUGGCUGUGGUUUGGGAGCGGCCCUAGUUGAGUUGGGACGAUGUGAGACAUGGGUGACUCGCAUGGCCAGGGGUCAAUCUCCCUCGGAUGUUGUUGAUCUGCCUUCUUCCUCUCCUGGCUCAGCACUCUACCAGCUGUUAGCGGAUCCUGAUGCUCUGUCCCUUGAAUUCCUAAGUCCUGAGGUUUUUACAAGUGUAAUGAGGCAUGUCCGUCGUGCUGUGCGUGAGGGAGCGAACCUCUCAGGAAAAACUUCCCCAACAGGGGUAAAUGGCGUGGUGCCCUUAGGUGUUGGCCAUGCUACUGCUGCCUCCCCAUGGCCUAUGUCUACUCUUGUUACUUUAGAGCUUCAUCUGGCCAUGGAUAUGAUUCUUACAGCUUGCAGACUGGGACGGGCACUUGUGUCAGUUGGCACAAAUCCACGAAGCAACAUGGGAGUUGCUGUGGUCAAUCCAGGAGUCGGUAAUUUACCACCAACGAUACGAACUGAUCUUGCUAAUAAGGUCUUGGCAUUGCGAGAAGUGUACAGUUCAGUGUGGAUGCAAGGCCAGCAAGCGGUUGGCCUCCAGUCCUCGCUCCUGGUGCUCACUUCCUUGCUGGCUCGCCUUCUGCCUGACCAUUCCCUACACCCAUCAUGAGGCAGGCCAUCAAUGUGGUAUUAAUCCUUGACCGAGGAGUUCCUGAUGUGAUAGUUUCUCAAUAAGUAAUGCCAGCCCUGUCUGAUACACUCUGGCUGGAGAUGUUUUAUUGUCCUGUUUACCUGCUAUAUUUGUUAUCUCAUAGGAGUUUGUUGCUACUGCUUGUAUGCAGUAAUGUGAAUGAUUUUAAUUUUUUUUAUUGGAUUUUGAUGUAUAUUUUUUGCGUGGACAGAGAUGAAUAAUUAACCAACAGAGGUUGGAUUUUUUGUGCAUGUACUGUGCGGAUGCAUGUGCAUGUACUUAUGUGCAUGUACAACUGUAGGUGUGGAUGGUUGUGGGGAGGAAGAUGGGUGUGUAUUGAUGUGUGUGUGAAGAAUUAUGUUUUUUCUAAUGGAAGGUGUUAGUUCAUUGCCUUGGAUGGUCAACCAGUCUUUCAAUGAUGGUAGUCUCGUAAGUCCUAUGAAGAUAAUUGAUGGUUUGAAUAGAGUUUCCUAUCAGUACCAGGGCUUGAUAUUAUUAUGAUUGCUGUCAGUACUAAGCUGUCUUUGAGUUUGUUGAAUGAUAACAUGUGAUAUUUAGAUUUUAAAAGUUGACAUGAGUUUUUUGAGCACAAGUAAAUGUCAGUAUUACAAGCUACUUCAUUUUCAUAAUGGAAAAAAAAUAAGAAUUAGAGAAGGGAAGAACCAUAAUCAAUUUGGCUUUUGAUAUUUAUGUUUUCUGUACAAAAGUACGACUUGGGUAAUUCUUUGCCUUGCGAUAAUCUCAAAUAUGCAUACGAUUAAUUAUUGUUAAGCCACAUUGCAGAAUUUCUCAGCAACUUUAUGAACUUCAUGAGGAUAGGAAUCAAAGACUUUUUGUACAAUAUAUCAUUUAAUUUUUUACAAAGACUUUGGCUCUUAAACCUCUGACAGUGAUAGUGAAUCCAGAUGAUUUUAUUGCAAACUAAGACAAGGAGUGAAAGCACAAGGUUUAUUUUCCACUUUUUUAUGUACGUUUUUUGUUAACACUGCCUGAUAAUAACCAAAGAUUCAGAUUUAAAGAGGGCAUUUAUCCUGUGGAAGCUGUGAUUUUGUCUUAUGCAGCACAUUUCUUUAUUUUGGUUGAUGAAGAUCUGGAAUUGAUUUGAAGUCUAGUGCAGGAAUCUGUCUUUCAUCUCUAUAACAUUCCAGGCAUGGUAUGUGUGUAUACAUAUGUGUAUAAGU